AUGCUUAAAAAAUUAAAAAGAGCAAAAAACAAAAACAAAAAUAUUACGGGUAAAAUACCAAGCGAACUUGAUAUUCAGUCUCAAGGUGGUCGAUCAUGGAAGGCUUUUAUGAAAAAAGAUGAUGCAAAUACAUUUGAAGCCCGUGGCGAAACUUCUCGAUGGAUGAAAAAACAUGACAAAUCACUUAGAGAUUUAAAUGGAUCCCUGAAAAUUGUGCCGAAUAAUGCAGACACGCUGAGAUGCCGUGGAGAAACAUAUCUAAGCAUGAAAAUGUACGAAGACUCACUUGCUGAUUUAAAUAAAUCCUUGGAGAUUGAACCAAAUAAUGCAGAUACACUAAGAGUUCGCGGACUGGCAUAUCAGACGUUGAAAAAAUAUAAAGAAUCACUUGAAGAUUUGAACAGAUCAUUAGAAAUUGAAAAAAAUGUGGAUACAUUAAGAAUUCGCGGAGAAACUUAUCAAAAAAUGAAGAGAUACGAAUGUUCACUGAGAGAUUUAAAUAAUGCCAUAGAGAUCGAACCCAAUAAUGUAGACACAUUAAAAGUUCGUGGUGUGACUUACCAAAUGAUGAAAGAAUACGAAAGAUCACUUACGGACCUAAACAAGUCAUUGGAAAUUGAACCAAGCAAUACUAGUACACUGAAGACCCGUGGAUUGACUUAUCAAAUGAUGGGGAAAUAUAACGAAUCUCUUGCAGAUUUAAACAGAGCCAUAGAGAUUGAACAAAGUAAUAUGAACACACCGGAACCUCACGCAUCCCGUGACGUCCACACUUCUACUGAGAAAUUUGUGAAUCCAACAUUUAUUGGAGAUAUUUCUUCAAACCACAAGUCCUCUUCGUGCCCUACCGUUAAUACUACCGAAGCUUUUACUGAGAAUGCCCCUGUUUCUCCGCUCGCUUUUGAAAACGAACUUUUUCCUUUAAUCACCAUAACUAAUUUUUCUGAAUAUCGACAAUUUAUUGCUUCAUCGAAACUGGCGAUUGUUCAAUUUUACGCGAAAUGGUGUGGCCUGAGUAAAAUUAUUAUGUCCCUCUUUAACGACCUGAGCGCAGAAUAUAAACAACACGCAAAUUUUGCAAAGGUCGAUGUGGAUCAAGCAGAAGACCUUGCUAAUGAUGCUCAGCUAAAAUAUAUCCCUACCUUUAUAUUCUUUAAAAAUGGUCAAGAGAUUGAUAGGAUCAUUGACCAAAAAGGAGAUAAGCUCGAAAAGCUUAUUAAAUUACACGUGUUCGAAACAACUGAAGACACAUCUACGUAG